AAAGAGAGAUGUGGAGAGCGAAGAGGAGAGGAAGAUGCAAGGAUCCGCUUCGCUGCUGUAGUUUGAAAGUCUUGCCAAGGGGACUUAGAAGAGCAUUGGUGGUAUAAAUACCCAGCAUAAACAGGAUUAAAAGAGCAACUACUGACUCCAUCAGAGAAGUGUGAAGUGAGAGAGCAGCAGAGAGAGAAUAAAGUGUAAGCAUCAGGAGCGCUGUGUACUGCAGUGUGUCAAACAGGAGCUCGCUUUACUACAACACUCAACUUGGAAGACAAGAAACAUCACUUUUUAACCAGCGCUCAAGUGAACUCUUUUACUCGAACACUACUUUCAAUCCAUCUCUCUCUUUCUCUCCGUCAGACAUACUCGUACACACAAAUGGAGAAUAUGUCUCGGUACUAAAGUACUGCUGAAGUUCAAACUGGGCCACUGGAUUCAUCUAUUUUGCUCCAGUCCAACUGGACACGCACCCAGACACAGACACCAUCGCAGAGUUCAGGAUCAAUAGAAGAGCGCCGUCCAAGUACCACCAUGAGAGGUGAGGGCCGCCGGACACGACUCUGAAAGACUUCACACGGCUGGGAGAGCGUGGUGCGUUAAAAAUACAGGUCCCCACAAGAGCUUUCAGGUCUAUAAAUCAAUAUCCAAGCACUCUGAUUUCUUCAUCAAGACAUUGCUACAAAUGGAAUAGGUUUCUUGAGCGUUUGCUGACCAGAAGCCACUCUCCAGAGGAUACUAUUUUUAUAGACAUCUGAAGUCACACUGCAGCUUUAAAAACACACUGGAUGACUAAAACGGCAUAUUUAUAUAUAUGUGCAUAGUUGAUAAAGCUGAUAAGUCUUUCAACCACCUGUCAAUGUUCUUUUUUAACGCUUAUGCUGACACCUCCUUCAAAGCUUUUGGCACUUCAGAGAAUAUUCCUGUCAGCUUUGAACUGUCUAAAUCACAGCUAUUUUUAUUCCACUACAUAUUUAGAUAAAAGUCUCCUACUAGUGAAUACUGUUCAAAACAUUCUCGUCUGAAUGGGUGAGAGCAGAAGGGAGGUUCACGUUUAAAAUCUUCACUGUUUCACAACCGUCUGUUGCUAAUCACGGUUUUCCAUCAUCAGAAGUGACUUCCAUCUUUUUUCAUGCAAAAUGAAGCACAUUAGCAUAUUUAUGGGCUGAGAUAUAUCCAAUCGCGUACAACGCGCUACAUGGAUCUUGCAUUCAGUCAUCAAGCGAGGGAACAAAUAGCUUCUGACAUGUGAAGAAAGUGGAAUAUUCAAGAGCUCUGCGCACUUAAACACAUGGACUAAAAUCCUGGGAGGAGAACAUGAGUUAGUUUCAACGUUAAGGUUUAUGCUUGUACCUGUGUGAAAUCACCAAAAAUUUUUUUGAAUUGUUAUGUUACUGCUUUCAUAAGAGUAAAAUUGUUGGCCAGAUCAGCCAUAAAGCACUAGGUCUUGGAAAAUGGAGAAUCUGGAUGAACUAGAACAUCCAUUGUUGGGUGAAAGUAGCCCCAAAAACUCUAGUGGAAGUGGACUGUUCAAAAGCAUAUUGAUGAGAAAUGAGGAGGACAAAAGACUGCCCCCUCUGGACUGGAGAAAUUAUUGCAGUCCUACAGACAUUCAACAGCAGCAGCUACUGGAUCCAUGUUCAUUGACUAGCACUCUAGAGACUCUUUAUCCUCCUACUACCAUUUGGGCCGCCGCUGACUCUUUGGGCAUCCACAGUAAGGAGUAUCUGGAAACCACUUUUGUGGACAUUGGCCCUGGUUCACCAUUGGAAAGGAAGUUACUGGCAGAGACAAGAGAUGUUCAUAGUGUAUCCUACAGCAUGGAAGAUGGGGAUGACCUUUUGCCAGACUUUGAGGACUCCUCCAGUGAUGACUUCAGUGAUACAGACAGUGAAAGCAACUUUCCCAUCAUGAUCCCUCAAGAUUACCUGGGCCUGGCUUUCUUCUCCAUGCUUUGUUGUUUCUGGCCUCUGGGCAUUGCUGCGUUCUAUCUUUCCCAAAAGACGAACAAAGCAUCAGCACAAGGAGAUUUCCAGGGUGCCAGUGCGGCGUCUCGCCAGGCUCUGUGGCUGUCUAUCCUUUCGAUCGUGUUCGGCAUCAUCACUUACAUCUGCGCCAUCGCCGCCCUGAUCUCCUAUCUGUCCGGGAAGCCACCUUAAAGACUACCUUAUCGGUAUCCUCUCAAAUCUUCCGGAAAUGCACCUCCCUGGUUCCUAAUUACACAAACCGCUGCUCCUUACAUACUCACAUUCUGUAAUAAGUACAUUUGUUUGACAGAGAAGCCACCUUUGUAACAUUUUCUUCAAGUUCACAGCUGUCAUAUUAGAUUAAGAAAUGCAACUCACUACAUUUGGAAAGAGGGUAGUUUUAGUGGAAUUCUUUGUAAUUGGGUCAAAAAAUGCAAAAAAUGUAAGUAUGACACCAACUUCAGAAAGAAAGACCUGCGCUCUGUCUUGGCGCUUGUGUCUAAGUUGGCAGGGGAGGGAGUGAUUGAGGCCUAGGGGUUUGUUAGAAGGGAACUAGACAAGGACUGCGAGAUCAGGAGAUCACAACGGACUUGGCUGUGAAACAGCAGGACGUGCCCUCCGAGACACAUGAGUGAACUGGGUCAGUUUCUAUCUGAGCUCUAAAGCUGGUCAUUGAAUCACUCUCUAAAUUGAAAACACCUCUGGACUUUAGAACUCGGAUAGAAAACAAGUGCAAGUUCAGGCAGAUUCUGCAAAUAUGAGGAUGCAUAACAAGUAUGCGCAGGCAAGAGUUCAAUGCGAUGAGAGAAACGCACACAUAUAUACGCUGCAGCUUCCACUGAGUCAUGCUGUUAUGAGAAGCUUCUCCUGCAGGACUCUAUUCAUAGCUUGAUAAAUGUAGACUCUCCAUUUUCCACCUACUGUACCAACAAACCA